CGAGAGGAGUAAGUAAACAUAGAUCGGGCCUCGGCAAGUGGAUUUACCCAUAGUAUAACCGUCCUAGCUUCUAUCUACCGUGCCACAUAUAGAUGACAACAGACAGACAUCACACCCUACUAUACUCAACACCCCUUGCUCUGCUCCUCGUUCUACCUCCUACCCACCUACUAAACAACCAUUAACAUCCAAUCCUUAAAGAACCACAUCCCAAUUCUCCCACAAGUAAAUCCAGAAAACAAAAAGAAAAGAAAAUGCCCUUCAAAACCACCCCCCCAACCCCCCAACACGCCAAACUAUCCUUCCCCUCCCCGCACGUCCUCCUCGUGACCCUCUCCCGCCCCAAACAACUCAACAGCAUCAACACAGCCGGCCACCACGAGCUGCACACCGUGUGGGAAUGGAUGGACGAGGAGCCGGAUCUGCGCGUGGGAGUGCUCACCGGCGAGGGGAGGGCGUUUUGCGCGGGUGCUGAUUUGAAGGAAUGGAACGACUCCGCCAACUCCCAAGCACAAAGCCAACCCCGUCCCAACCCCCCACCAACCGGCUUCGGCGGCCUCUCCCGCCGCAGCGGCAAAAAGCCCCUCAUCUGCGCCGUCAACGGGCUCUGUCUCGGCGGGGGGUGCGAGAUGGUCAUCAACGCGGACAUGGUGAUCGCCGCGCGCGACGCCUUCUUCGGGUUCCCCGAGGUGCAGCGCGGGGUGGUAGCGUGGGCGGGUGCGCUGCCGCGCGUGGUGCGGACGAUUGGGCGGCAGCGGGCGAUGGAGAUGGUGUUGACUGGGCGGAGGGUGUUGGCUGAGGAGGCGGAGCGGUGGGGGUUUGUGAAUGAGUUGGUCUCUGUUGUGAGGGGGGCUAAUGGGGAGGGGGGCGGAGAGGUGGUGAAGAGGGCGGUGGAGGUUGCGGGGGUGAUUGCGGGGAAUAGUCCUGAUGCGGUUGUUGUUAGUCGGGAGGGGGUGAAGUUGGGGUGGGAGGGGGUUGGGGCGGAGGAUGGGUCGAGGUUGUUGGUUGAGGGGUGGACGAAGAGGUUGAAUGAUGGGGAGAAUAUUAAGGAGGGACUGAGGGCUUUUGUGGAGAAGAGGGCGCCGGUACUCUAUGUUACGAUGAAGCUACUGCUAUGCUACUAUGAAGAUACGGAGGAAAUGUUAUUUAGUGAACUCAAUUAUCGUUACUCGUAA